UCGUCUGAAGUGACAAAAUGUUCCCAAAUAAGCCAAGGGUUGAGCUUAAGAGUUCGUGUAUGGUGUUAAGACGAGGCUCACUGCACCAGCUCUUCACUCCAACACACAAACAAACAUGGCAACAUCAGGGUGCUCGCGUGUCCUCCUCAGAAACACACUAUUAUCUCUCACUAACCCAAGUUUACCACGCUCAGUAUUCUGCAGUGUAACUUACAGACAACUUAGGAGUGCAGUGACAGCGAGCACCGGAAUAAGAUGGGUCACAUUACGCAAGUACUCCACCAACAAGUUGGGCCCAGACAAAACUGUAAGUCUGGCGGAUGAGCUGCUGGCAUCUAAGCUGCAGCCUCAGCCAGACCACAAGACACAACACGACGAACAAAACAGCAAAAAGGAGCAGCAGGAAAAAGAGAAGACGUGGAGAACACUCAAAUACUCAUUUAUUGGGUUUGGCGUUAUGAUGACCGGGAUGAGCGGCUUCCUGAUAUGGAGUUGGGGUUCUCCGACUGUUGAUGUGGAGGGCAACCCCAUACCCGAUGAAUUCUCCAAAAUGCCAGUUAUCCAACAAUAUCUGUACCGUACUUGGCGAGGUAUGCAUGACAUGAAUAAAAUGAUUCAAGAACCAUCACGUGAGAAGCUCUUGCCGGAUCCAUUAAAAGAGCCAUACUUCCAGCCACCAUACACGCUAGUCCUGGAGCUCCGAGAUGUUCUAGUGCAUCCUGAAUGGACGUACGAAACUGGUUGGCGGUUCAAGAAACGUCCUGGUGUAGAGUUCCUCUUGCAUCAUUGUGCUCCUCCACUGUUUGAAAUUGUUAUUUAUACCAAUGAACAAGGAUUUACUGCUUACCCAGUGAUUGAUCACCUGGACCCGAAUGGUUACAUAUGGUAUCGCCUAUUCAGAGACUCAACUCGCUAUGUUGAAGGCAAACACGUUAAGGAUCUUAGCUGUCUCAACCGAGAUUUAAAUAAGAUAAUCUGUGUGGACUGGGAUAGUAAUGCUGUCUCCUCUCCUCGCAACCAUCUCAAGUUGGAUCGCUGGGAUGGUAACAUGAGCGAUCAGUCCCUUUUAGAGCUGGGCUUUAUGUUACGCACAAUUGCAGAAUCAGAAGUGUCAGAUGUUCGUGAAGUCAUUGACUACUACCGUACAUUUGACAACCCUCUUGCAGCUUUUCGAGAAAAUCACAGGAAAGCUCAGGAACAAGAGUUAUUGCUGAGCCAGAAAGCUGAAGAAGACCGACAACAAAAGAGUUUUAUGAGUUCAUGGACAUCAUCCUUCCUUCGGAGACGAUAAUAUCAACAUGAGUGAUUUUGGCUGCACCACUUUACGAUGUGCUCACAUGCAUAGAAAGGAAAGAUUAAUAGGCAGGUUAAGUGAGUGGCAAUGCAAAUGAUGGUACUGGCACAGAUGGAAAGUUGGCCAAGUAAACUGUAGUUGGGUCAUCAGAGUCUGUAGUAUGUUGACAUAACUGUAUUUUGUUUCCAUGGAUAAAAAUACAGAAAGAUAUAUACAGAUCACUUGGCUGCAGAUCAUCAAAGUGUUAGGUGAGUGAUACAUUUCUACUAGUAGUAGUUUAUACUAAAAAAGGAAUACAGUAUUUGGACAGGGUUUUGCUUGAAAAUCCUUACUGUGUAGUGGAAAACCUAGUAUAGGUAGCUGAAAGGCAGUGCAUCUUCAACUAUUAAUACACAACUGUAUGUACAUCCUCAGUUACCUGUGGUAGGUAGGUAAAGAAGGAUGGUGCCAUAGGUUUAAAUAUCAUAUGUAGAACUUUCCUGCUCAACAUUUAAACCCAGUUUAUUUGAUCUUUUUGAAAAUGCAUUUAAAGGCAUCGGUGAUUGAGUCUGUACAAUGAAAGACUUUCCAUAGCACUGUAAUUCUAUUGAACCUUGAGACAUACAUACUUUAAAACAUUACCUGCUGUGAAUGUCAAGCUGAUAUUGCUUGUAAAAUUUAAUUAAAUGCAGAUAAUUUAGUAAAUUUAAAAGUUAUGGAGGCAAAAGGCACAAAGCAUGGGACACUGUCUUCAACUGUUUCCUUAUCAGCAAUCGAACCUUUACUGGGACGCUCAGUUUAUGGUUGGAUCUAUAGUUUCCAGUGUGAUAUUGUUUGUACAUAAAUUUAUUUUUGUUAUAUUUGUCCUAUAAAAUCUAUUGUCACAGUUGUUUCAUUUGUGAUUGAUUGUGUAGGACAAAGCUAUAAUUGUAAAUCGGCUGAUUGGGAACCAGUGAGUGUGAGGUACCAAAUGGUUGUAUGGAAGCAGUCAUUGUAUGAUAUACUUAAUUUGAUUGGUGCAAGUUCUAGGAGUAAAAGGUUAGCCUGGUUCCUAUAAAUGCAGCAUGUUGUAUUCUAAUGAGGAUGAGCAUCCAGAAAUACACUGGUGUCUGGAGAUGAUGUAAGGAAGUCAACACACAAUGUUUCUUCAUGUGUCCUUACAGCUUUCCCAGAACGUUUUCCAAGAUUUGUAAAUAAAAAAAAAUUGAAAUCA